AUGACUGUGCAGUUUGUGUUGCCACAGGCACAUCUUCAGUACCACAUACUGCACAUUCAGUUGUUCUCCGCACUGGCUGCAAAUGGGACUGGCAGGGAUAUUGUCUUAAAUUUUGCCCCUCUAGGAGCCACGCUGGUUCUCUGGGACAUUGAUGAGGAAGGGAACAAAGAGACAACUUACCUGGCUAGAGGAAAUGGAGCCAAAGAAGCAUAUGCCUACAGGUGUGACUGCAGCAAUAGGGAAGGAAUCUACAGAAUGGCUGCUCAGGUUAGACAAGAAGUUGGUGAUGUUACUAUCCUAGUCAAUGAUGUAGCUGUUGCUAGUAGAAAGUACUUCAUUGAUACUCAGGACUUGGACAUUGAAAGAACAAUGGAUGUGAACAUUAUGGCUCAUUUUUGGACUUGCAAAGACUUCCUUCCAGCCAUGAUUGCAUGUAACCACGGGCACUUGGUUAGCAUUUCAAGUGGAGCGGGACUUGCUGGUGUCAGUAGAAUGUCAGACUAUGCUGCAAGCAAGUUUGCAAUAGUUGGCCUUCUGGAGACAGUUGCUUUUGAAUUGCAGGCUACAGGGAAUAAAGGUGUUAAAACCACCAUUGUCUUUCUUAGCGUUACAAAAACUCAGUUAAGUGCUGGGAUUAAAGUCAUGUGAGUAAAAAUGACUGCAUUUUGUGUGAAACCUAUUUGCAUACACCCAUGAUUUUAUGGCUCAUAAGUGCAUGCAAUCAAGUAUCAUAAAUGCUCUCCAAAAGUGCCUCUAAGCCAGACUAACCAUUGUCACCCACCACGACAUCCUGCACCACUGCAGUUCUGAUGCUGGCAUGGCCAGAUUCUUGAGUCUUUGAUUGUUCUUGCAAGAACAAUCAAAAAGACCAUGGCUUAC